AUGGCUCCCAUCGAAUUACCGGCAGAUCUUGAGGUUUUGGUCAUCUCGAAAUUCGACGACCGGGUGGCGCAAGGAAAGGCCAUUUACGAGCCAUCAACCACCGAGACUCUGGAAGAUGGCGGCUUCAAGUACGAGUUCCGCCUGGUUCCUCACCUGCUGAAGAAGCCCAUCACGCCGGCGAAUGCACCGGAAAGAAAGACUGGUGAAGGACGCAAUCCCUUCGUGAAUCCGGACCCGGAUGAAGUGAUGGCAGAUGUUGGUCCGUCGCAUCUGCUCCUCCUCAACAAAUUCUGCGUCUACCGGCCAAGUCUUCUUCUCAUCACGCGAGAAUUCGUUCCGCAAACAGACCGUCUUGACGGCAGCGACCUGUCAGCCGCCUGGGCUACGUUAAGUCAUCUUGAGCACAAGUACAUAUUGAUCUACAACUGCGGAUACGAAUCUGGAUCUAGUCAGGGCCACAAGCACAUGCAACUUUGGCAGUAUCCCGAUGAACAACGAAUGGGCUUCGAGCUGUUUCCAAACAAGGCUCGAUCAACGACGGAUGUCACCAGCGAUAUAGCCAAUGUUCCUUUUCAGCAUUUUGUACUUCGAUUACCGUCGAAAGUUGAUGAAGCUACGCUGGUUCAGGCUUACGACAAACUCUUCAACAAAGUCCAACAGUGUCAUGCAGAGAAUGGCGGAGGUGUCGCUUAUAACGUCAUCUUGGUCAAAAACUGGAUGUGCUUGAUCCCUAGGCGGCGCUGCGGUCUAGACAAAGGCGCGGGCGCGAACGCUGCAGCCAUGGUUGGGCUUGUAUGGAUUGUCAAAGAGACUGAAAAGAGCGUCUGGUCGGCCGGCUUUUACAGGUAUCUGGGAACCGAUAAACUCUAUAUCACCCACUCCGAAUGGGCCUCCUCCGAUUCGUACGGAGCCUCAGCCGGCGCCGGUGUGCGCGCUGACACCAGCGGUCAUGCCUCGUUCAAACGGUUACCUUACAACUUCUGCUCCCUAAGUCUACAACCCUUCGUCACACCUGUAUGCACGGCCGAUGGCACGACCUUCGACCACGAGAACAUCAUCCGAUGGCUAUUGAAACAUGACACGAACCCUACAAGCGGGAAGCCCCUCAAACAACAAGAUCUGAUCAAGUUGAACUUCGCAAAGAAUGAUAGCAACGAAUAUGUCGAUCCCGUCACAUACAAGGUCUUCACGGAUAACACGCAUAUCGUCGCAAUCAGACAUGGCGACUCCGCCAACGUAUUCGCCUACGACACGGUCGAGCGGUUGAAUAUCAAGGCAAAGAUGUGGCGUGACCUGGUUUCUGACGAGGAGUUCUCCAGAAAAGAUGUCAUAACCCUACAAGAUCCGCAGAAUAUCGAGUCUCGCAACCUCAGUUCGUUCAAGUAUCUCAAAGACGGUGAAGACGCUGGCAUACCGAAGGAGGAAGCGUCAAUAAAUGCUGCUUCACUAGGCAGCGCAGCAGACCUGAAGAUCAUGAAAGCGAAAGAAGCCGUAGCGAAAGCCCGAGCCGAGCGUGCGAAUGCCCAUUUAACGAGUCAGAAAGAGAAAGGCCUGUCAGCAAACCCUGCAAAGAACGCCGCCGCAGUCACGAAGUCGAAACAAACACCAUACAAUGCCACCCGCCAUACUACAGGCCUAGCUGCCGCAUCUUUCACGUCCACUGGCGUGACACCUCACACAUCAGCCGCCCUGGCACUAAUGUCCGAUGAAGAAUACCUCCUGAAGAAAGGCCGCGUCAAAGAAAAGGGCUACGUCCGACUCUCAACAACUGUGGGAGACCUCAACCUCGAGUUAUACCCGGAGUACGCGCCGAAAGCAGUCUGGAACUUCGUCCGGCUAAUACAAAAGGGGUACUACAACGGCAUCGUGUUUCACCGCAAUAUUCGAAACUUCAUGAUCCAAUGCGGUGAUCCAACAGGAACGGGGCGCGGUGGAAGCAGUAUAUGGGGCACCAACUUCGAAGACGAAAUCGAAGGGCCGUUGAAGCACGACAAGCGAGGCGUUGUGUCAAUGGCGAAUAAAGGCAAAAACACCAAUAGCAGUCAAUUCUUCAUCUCGUACCGGCCGACAAGUCAUCUGGAUCGGAAACACACCAUUUUCGGUCUUGUAGACGACAACGUAUCAUUGUCGGUGCUGAAGAGGUUAGAGGAGACGCCCGUGGACGCGGACGACAAGCCCAAGUCCGAAAUCAAGAUCACGGAGGCGGUCGUGCUGAUCGAUCCGUUCGAGGAGUUCUGGAAGAGGAAGAACGAGAAGGAACAGACAGACAAAGAGAAAGAGGAGAGGAAGAAAGAGGACCGGACGACGUGGACGGGAAAGAGGAUACGUGCUGAUGGCACUGUCGAGAGAGAUGGUGCUGAUGCUGGGGUGGGGAAGUAUUUGAAGGCGGCGAUGCAAAGUAAUCAUGCCGACGAGGAGGAUGAGAUUGUCGAGUUCAUCGAUGAGCCGGAAGAGCCUGUAAGGAAGAAGACGAAGGGCGGUGGAGGGUUUGGCAACUUUGACGGCUGGUGA